GCGGGCCGUGUCGCCAUUGCUUUGUAAGGCUGCUGGCUGGCUACCGUCUUCCUCAACUAGCGAAGCUGUUCGUGGAUCCGAGCAACACGGAGCGCCAAGAUGAAGAAGAAAGCUCGGCAGCACCGGGUUGCGGUGCCGCAGAGGCCCCCGUCUCCCAUCAAGCCUUCCCCCAACAAGCAGAUCCUGACUUACGAGCAGGCGCAGCGCAUGGUGGAGUUCGAUGUCGAUGGCCGCCUCCAUCGAAUCAGCAUAUACGACCAGCUGGACGUGAUCUCGGAUGACGACCCCAUGGUGCAGGAGAUGAUGGAGUGCACCAGCAAUAAGGAGAAUGCUGAGAAACCACAGCAGCAGGUCCUCCUGAGGUCAGUCCGACUAAAAAACAACCAGGAGAAGAGAAACGCCGCGCUGGGCAUCACUGUUCAUGCAGAGGAAGGUGGACAUCAGGCCGCUAGUAAUGCCGCUCCGAAGCUUCAAGAGCCCAAAUUUCGUACUGUGGAAUAUAAUCUUCCUGCAGUUCCUAAACGCUCAGCUGCCUUUUACAAAUACACGGAGAAGACUGAGGAAGAGCUGGAUGAGGAAACAGAGUACGACAUGGAUGAGGAAGAUUAUGCCUGGUUGGAUUUAGUGAACGAAAAACGGAGAAGCGAAGGGGUCAGUCAGGUCUCUCACAACGUCUUCGAGUUCCUCGUCGACCGCUUUGAGAAGGAGUUGCACUUGGAGAGUCUGGAUCAAAGCAGCGAAAAGCAGACUCCCAUUGACGAGGACGCCGUCUGCUGCAUCUGCAUGGAUGGAGAGUGUCACAACAGCAACGCCAUCCUUUUUUGUGACAUGUGCAAUGUGGCCGUGCACCAGGAGUGUUACGGCGUGCCCUACAUUCCCGAGGGCCAGUGGCUUUGCAGACACUGCCUCCAGUUGCCCACACAGCCCGCAGACUGCAUCCUUUGUCCUAACAAGGGCGGAGCGGUGAAAAAGACGGAUGACGGCCGCUGGGGCCACGUGGUGUGCGCCCUCUGGGUCCCCGAGGUCGGCUUCUCCAACACCACCUUCAUCGAACCCAUCGAUGGCGUCAGCCAAAUUCCCCCAGCCCGCUGGAAGCUCACCUGCUACCUCUGCAAGGAGAAAGGUGUCGGGGCGUGCAUCCAGUGCCACAAAGCCAACUGUUACACCGCCUUCCACGUCAGCUGCGCCCAAAAGGCAGGCCUCUUUAUGAAGAUGGAGCCAAUCAAGGAUGUAACAGACACCGGAGAGCCCACAUUCUCUGUGAAAAAGACAGCCUACUGUGGAGCGCACACUCCUAACGGGUGUGUAAGGAGGCCUCUUACGAUCUACGAUGAUACCAAACCCAGAAAUGGACUGUGUAAGAAAGUGGACAAAGGGAGAGGCGUUGGUAAAGGACAUUCAAAAGGAAAGAAGAAGAGUAAGAAGAGUAAGAAACCCGAGCCUGAACCUGAAAGUGAAGCUGCACCCCUCGCUCCUGUGCCUACGUUUCCUGCUCACAGGUUACAAACUAUUCUGAACCAGGUGUCAGUUCAGAAGAAGAAAGCGUUUGUGGAGCUGGUCCUGAAUUACUGGACGCUAAAGAGGCAAUCCAGGAACGGGCUUCACCUCAUCAGACGCCUUCAGACCAGCAUGCAGUCUCAGAAGAAUGCACAACCGGUUUGUUCAUCUCGGCAGUGUGAGGAGGAGAGCAGGGCCCUGAAGGACCAGUUGAAGGAGUGGCACCGUCUCCGACACGACCUGGAGAGAGCCCGUCUGCUGCUGGAGCUAAUCCGCAAGAGGGAGAAGCUCAAGAGGGAAGAGAUCAAACUGCAGGAGACCCUCCUAGAGAUACAGUUGAGUCCCUUCAGUAUUUUGCUCAGAGCCCUGCUGGACCAGCUCCAGACUAAGGACCAAGCCAAGAUCUUCACCCAGCCGGUGGAUGUCAGUGAGGUGCCCGACUACCUCGACCACAUCAAGCACCCUAUGGACUUCUCCACCAUGCGGCAGCGCAUCGACGCACAAGCCUACAACAACUUUGACCAGUUUGAAAAUGACUUCAACCUCAUUGUUGAUAAUUGCAUGAAAUAUAACUCGAAGGACACCUACUUCUACCGGGCUGCCGUUCGCCUCCGAGACCAGGGCGGGUCCCUGCUCAGAAAGGCCCGGCGGGACGUGGAGAAAAUCGGCUUCGACACGGAGAGCGGCGUGCAUCUGGCCGAAGCUCCGGAAAUCAAAGCACCCACAUCCUUUUCUUGGGACGACGUGGACCGCGUACUAGUGCCAGCCAAUCGGGAGCACCUGUCCCUGGACAAGCAGCUGCAGCAGCUACUGGAGAAGUUUGACCUGACCUGUGCCAUGAAGUCCAGCCCCUCUCGCAGCAAGCGCCUAAAGCUGCUCAAGAAGACCAUCAACGAUGUGCGCAAUGAAAUGACCCUAAAGCGAGUCCUACCCUCCAGCCACCACCACCACCACCACCACCACCAUCACCACCACCACCACCAUUCUUCUUCCUCCACGACUCCCUCCACAUCAGCAUCCUCUUCAUCAUCAGCUGCCUCCCAGCAGGAGUUGAGUAAACCUAAAGAAGAGAGAUUGAAGCCCAAUGGACAUUUUCCAGAUGACGAGGGCGACAAGUCUCUUCCUCCUAAACUGGAGCCUUCGGACUCCAUCCCCCUCCUCAUCCACUCAGACACAGACCCCGAGCCCCCCACCCUCAAACCAAUCGACGCCGCCCCAGACCGUGAAGACAAGCACCCGAGCAAGUUCGCCAAGUUCGAUGGGGAAAUACCAGAUCUGCUCCCCUCCGCUCCUCGCCUCAACGGCCACUCCUGCGGCGGCCUCCAGAACUCACUGUUGGACGGGGACGUGAGCGUGGUGGCCACGUCGACCCUCGCGGAGCCCGCUGGCACCGUAAACCGCCGGACGUCCGUGCUCUUCCGCAAGUCGAAGGCCGCCAGUCCCCACAAGCCCCAGAGGAGCAGGGACGAGGGGCCCGGCGGGGUUGACAGAAAAGAGGGUGGGGAGGAGGAGGAGGAAGCUGAAGACGGCGCACAGCUGGGCUCCAAAUCCUUCCUGUCGGUGGUCAUACCCAGGCUGGAGACGCUGCUUCACAGCAAGAAGAGGAAGCACAGCGGCAGCAGAGACAGCGAGGAGGAGGGAGGAGGAGAGGGAGAGCACGAGGAAGAGGAAGAGGAAGAGGGAGAGUCCCCAGUGAAGCGACUUGACACUGGUAAUAACAAGGGCUUGUCGAGCGGUUUUCUGGAGGCGGAGGAGGAGGAGCUCGUAGACUCCAGUAGAGCCAGUAGAACUGUGGAGCCAAGGAGACGCUGUGCCUCCGAGUCCUCCAUCUCCUCAUGUAGCAGUCUGCCAGGAAGCACCAGCACUGUUCUCAGUCUUCCAAAAUGUGGGAAAGGGAAACCUGCCUUGGUCCGGAGAAACACUGUGGACGAUAAGAGCGAAUUAAUCGCCUGCAUCGAAACCGGUAAUUUUGCAAAAGCUGCACGAAUCGCUGCAGAGGUUGGCAACAGCAAUAUUUGGAUGCCCGCUAGUGCUGCAACAGUUGCAUUGGAACCCUUAAAGCUAGUUUGGGCCAAAUGUAGUGGAUACCCUUCCUACCCUGCCUUGAUCAUCGACCCGCACAUGCCACGCGUGGGCUGCCAGCACAACGGGGUGUCCAUCCCCAUGCCCCCCAUGGACGUGCUCCGCAUCGGAGAACAGAUGCAGUACAAAGCCGAAGAGAAACUCUACCUCGUCCUCUUCUUCGACAACAAGCGCAGCUGGCAGUGGCUUCCUAGAUCCAAGAUGGUUCCGCUGGGAAUGGACAAGACCAUAGACAAAAUCAAAAUGAUGGAGGGACGCACGUCCAGCAUCCGCAAGGCCGUCCAGAUCGCCUACAGCCGCGCCAUGAACCACCUGAGCAUAGUGCAGGACGAGCCAGUCAGCGACCUCAGUGACGUGGACUGAUGACGCCCGCUGACUCUCUCUCCCCACACACACACACACACACACACACACACACACACACAGAUACACACACAAACCUUUACCUCUCCUGUACCAAAUACCCAACUCUCUCCGUCUCUGCAGGAGACUCAAAUGUUUACUGGGCACCUGCUGUAACAGGUGGUGUCUCUUCCUCAUCCAUUCCUACUCACACACACACACACACCCACACACUCCUACCAUGUGCCGAUGGGAUACGGCUGCUGCUGAAAUGAAUGUGUCUAUUUUAUCCUCUCCACCUCCAGGCUCACCCCACCCCCCCUUCCCCGCCUCCACCAAUCACGACUGUCAUUUCAAGGCAAAAAACACUCAGUGAUUGAUUCCGUACAUUUUGGCAGCCUUACCAAACUCGCCUGCAGUGUCAGGACUUUUGUAGUAAGACAAGAACUUAACGCCGACCGUUAAAAUUUGACUGUGACUGAUCGGUCCGUUAAUCUGGCAGGCAGCCAUCAUUUCUCUUACAAGUUAUUGAAAAAGAAGCAUCUAGUAGCUGGUAAAUUAGCUACAUGAGAGUUUUUCAGUUGUAGCCUUUAAUUACCUUAUGUCAAGGUCACAUGUACAUACUGGUUAUCUCCAUUUACAAAUACCUUCCUUUUGUAUUUCAUCUGUAAAUAAUCUGUACAGUUGCCUGACACUAACUUAUUUUGUAGUUUUGACAUAAAUGGGUACUGUACAGGAUUUUCUUAGUAUUUAUAUUCUUGAUGCAUUCUUGGCACUAACAUGUGAGUGCUAUUUUGACCGUUAUGUAUGAACAAGGAGAAUAAAAGUGCAAAAGCCUUAGUAUUAAGAAGAUUAGGGCUAAAAUGUCAUGUUUCUGAAAAGUAUGAAAGUAUUCAUUUUUUUAAGUUAUUGAAGUUUAUAAUCGUAAGCUUCCAUUUGGCAUUAAUCCUUUUUGUAUUCCAAAUAGUUUUAGUAUAUUUUUGUUCAUAUAUAUAUUUAUAUAAUUUGAAGUCUCUAAAGCUCAUACAGGCAAGUCUGAUGUUGUGGACCCAGAACGUAUAUAUUGUUCUCAAGAAACCAAAAAUUGUUGCUUCCCCAGAAGUUUUUUUUUGCUGAUUCAUUUCCUGUGUGAUGUGUGAAAUUGUUGCCAAAAAAAGGAUGAAAAAAAAGUAAAAGUGUAUUUUUAUGUGAUGACUGUUACUUGGUUUUGCUGUAUUCGUAGGGAGACGUGCCUGCGGUAACUUAUUGUAAAGUAUUUGCAUUACUUUAUAUUCAAGGAAAGACGUGCAAACUGAUUGUGAUAAAGUGGCACAUUUUGUGGUGGAUACUUGCCUUCUUUUUAAGUAACCUUUUCUAACUUUUUUUUGUAGUUGUAGACUUCAAGACAUUUCAUUUUAUACUAUUGCCUAUUUUUUUCUGGGUAGCAUUGGGCCGUUUUGAUAUAUAUUUCAUUUUGUACUUAACUGUCGUAGUUUUUUUUAAUCAGGUCAUAUGAAAUAUUGCUGGGGCUUCUUUUUUUUUCUAGCAAA